AUGAGUUGCUUCUACUCCUUUGUUCUACUCUUCAUCCUGAUCACAGCUAGUGGUGCAAUUGCAAUAGACACCAUUUAUUCAAAUCAGACCCUCAAAGAUGGUGGCAGUGACACCAUUCUUUCACCAACUCAAAUCUUUCAACUGGGCUUCUUCAGCCUUGGGAAUUCAAGUUUACGCUACUUGGGGAUACGAUAUAACACCAUAUCAACAGGUACUGUUGUGUGGGUUGCUAAUAGAGAGGUUCCACUUAAUGAUCCCACAGGUAUGCUCAAAGUCAAUGACGAUGGGACCCUACAGCUUCUAACCGUUGACAAUACCUUAAUUUGGUCAUCUCGAUCUUCUAAACUAGCCAUAAAUGCAAGUAAUCCGGUGGCACAGCUUUUGGAUGAUGGAAAUCUUGUCCUCAAAGAUCAGAUUAGUGGCAACCUCAUUUGGCAAAGCUUUGAUCAUCCUGGAGACACCUUGCUACCAGGAAUGAAACUGGGUGUGGACCUUGUAACGGGUACACACAGGAACUUGGCAUCAUGGAAGAGUUCUAAUGAUCCUUCACUAGGUUUUUAUACAGUUUGGACGGACAUCAAUGGAUAUCCACAAUUACUCAACAAGAAAGAAGAUUCGCAUUUGGUACAAAGGCUUGGAUCUUGGAACGGUCUGGGAUUUUCUGGGAUGCGUGGUUUGGGACAAAGCAGCUUCUAUGCAUUUGAGUUAUUUUUGAAUCAGGAGGAGAUUUACUACAGAUAUACACUAGUAAACAAUUCAUCCUAUACAAGGAUGAGAUUAGAUCCACAAGGCACCUUUUAUCAUUUAGUUUGGAGUGAUCAAAGCCAAUCAUGGGUAUCAUCUAUGAUGCCUUUCUUGCACCGUUGCCGUUAUGAUUCAUGUGGUCCUUAUGGAAGCUGUAACAUUAAUAACUCCCCAGAAUGUGGGUGUUUACAAGGAUUUGAACCCAAGGUGCCUGAAGACUGGUCUAUUGGAGAUUGGUCAAAUGGGUGUAAGCAUGUAAAUUUUAUGACUACUGAAAAUAGGCAUAACUUCAAGAAGUUUUCAAAUCUGAAAUUGCCCGACUCACAGUAUUCGUGGUUCAAUCUUACCAUGUCUCUUGGUGAAUGUGAGAACGUUUGCGUAAGUAAUGUUUCUUGUACAGCUUAUGCAAAUAGUGAUAUUAGAGGCGGCGGAAGUGGAUGUUUAUUGUGGUUCAGUGAGCUGCUUGGCAUCAGAGAGGCUCCUCCGGGAGAUGGUUCAGGACAAGAAAUUUACAUAAAAUUUCUUGACCCAAAUAUUAUUAGUAAGUGCAUUCUGAUUCCUUUUUGUGUCCACAAGUCCUAUUCUUAUGGUUUCUCAAACCUUAUGAUAGUACCAGUUAUUGCAUGCCAAUGUGCCAACACGAAAGAAAAACACCCAACAUCUAACUUUUGUUACAAAAACAAUUAA